AAAAACAUGGAUACCCGAAGAAAUUUUUGACAGAUUUUGGCCUGAAAAAUUGAUAAUUUCUCCUAUUCCUCGGAGUAUAUUUCAAAUAACUUUGUACCAAUGGACAGUGAAUCUGACUGGGACAGUCCAACAGAACGGGUCGUAUCGCCCAAAGAUGGCCCACCGAAGAUAGAACUGACUUCGGGUGAAGAAACUGUGUCGCCAAGAAAGCCUAAGCCAAGACAAGGACUAAAGCCAGCAACUAACAAAGAUGUCAAGUUCAGCAGUGACGGGUUCAAAAAAGACAAAGCAAUAGACAAGCAGGGUAAAAAAAGAAAUCUACAGAAUGAUGCUGGGCCGCCCUAUGAUUUCCGUGGUGAAAUAACAGAUGACAAAGAUAAUGCAGUAAAUGCGAGUAAAACAGAAGCACCACCAGGCUUGAGCCGGAAAGGUGACUUGUACGAGCCAGGCCAGCAGUGGCGUAAUGUCAGUCAUGCAAAACCAGCAGACCCCUGGGAUGACUCAGACGCUGAAGAUAAUGUGCUCGCUGAAUUAAGAGAAACGUAUGAAAAGAAUAAACCUCGUUUGGGUUAUAACAAGGACAAAGAAACCCCUAGGAACAAGGUUGAGAGGUCAUCGAGUAAGAAAAGUGACAAGUUAAAGAGAGAUGCUGUCGUUGUUAAGAAGGAUAGUCCGCGAUCGACUACUGGAGUGGGUGAAAAUGAUAAUGAUGUCGUACUUGGAGUUCCUAUGCAGAAAAUGCCUUCCAAUCAGACCCCGGGGUCGAGAACUACCAGUCCAAAUCAUUUGAACAUCCAAGUCCUAAAUACAAAAGCUGUAUAUGAACCUGCUGACAAUUUGGUUGAUUCUUAUGGAAACAAGCGUGUGUAUAUAUUUGACGGGCCUGUGACCGACUACUACCGUACUAACCUCAAGCCAGAAGUGCCAAAGGCCAAGAUGGAGGAAGUUGCUGAUGUGGUUGAGAAGUGGAUCUAUCGAGGAUGGAGAGAAUUCUUUGGCAUCCUUCGUAUCAUCCUCAGCUUCAUAACAAUCUCCUUAUUGGAGUUGUACAAAUUCAUAAUUGGUCAAACGCUCAUGCCGAUUGUUAUCAAACUUAGUGAUAUGAUGGGUGGAUACGUCAUAAAGCCAUUCUUGUCAACAAUUUUCAACAACUUUUUUCAGCCGUGUUUUGUAUUUUGGCACAAUAUUGGCGCUGGUUUUGGUUUGGUGUUGGCACCGAUCAUAGACAUAUUCAAAGCUGCUGCUGGUGUUGUUACGAAGAUUAUAGGUGCGUUUCGAUUGGUCACUGUGACUAUUGACAAACGUCACAUCGAUCAUGUCGACCGCAUCGAAAAUGUAUAGUCAGUUUUCUGGUGAACAAAGAUAAGAAUUGUUUUAAAGUUUGUCUCGGAAACGAAAUUUGAUUUGCAAAGAAAAAAUUGCUCAAAGUUCUCCUGGCUUUACGGAGACCACCUCAUUGGUCAAAUAUCUGCGAAAAGUUCUUGAUUUUUAGGUAUAUUCGAAAAUCUCCUAAAAAUCAAAUGCACUUUCUAAGGCUUUCCUUCCAUUCGAUGCCUUACCUAUGGCACACUUGUACUUGUGAGAUAUCUUUUAUUACUUGAAAUCGACAUUUUAAGCACACUUUUCUUGCCUGUUAUUGUUGUUGUUGAGUAAUUCCAAAUUAUUAAAAGGAUACUAUCAUUCAAAUCCCGAUUCCUUCCAGUUGGCCCUAUUGCUGCCAUUGCAUGUCCGUCCUACCAGUGGAGGUUGAAAGCACUCUGGAUACUGUAACCAUUUAUUUUUGGAAGCCUAAUAAUUUCCAGAGAGGGGGUACAAGGGCAUAGGCCUUUAAGGUCAAGAAAAGAUGUUAACACAUAAAUCAACCUUUCUUCCUUGUUUUUUUUAUCAAUAUAUCCAGUAGCUGAGCUGGGUUUUUUGCACGACAGGAACUUGUCCAUUUUAUUCUAGGCAAUACAGUAUUUACUAAGUCAAAGUGUAUUUAUUGACUAUGAUAUGUACAGAAGUAUUCGAUUUUAAGAGUAUUUUGUGAGGUGUUACCCGGUACUUAUGCAUAGCGCACACCUGUAGAUGACGCAGUGUUAAUUCUUUUGCAAAUUCAGAACAAAUCGAAUUUCGCUUUUACAUGUAUUUCAGUGUUCAUUUAUAUUGAAAAUCAAAAUAACUUUUGUUAGAUAAUACAUAUAAGUUGCAUUUAUUUGUUGAAUAAUCUGUCCUUGACAAAGAUUUGAGUGAUUUUGGUGUUCUUUUCUAUAGAUGCAUGUAUUUGGAUUAGAAGAUAAAUUUAUCCUGCCGAAUAUGAUAUAACAAGUCACAGUAUAAUUAGAAAUGCAUUCGAGAAAACUGUCAUAUAUAAUGCUGGACAUCAAAAAUAUAAAAACAUGCCUGUAUAUUUGCAUAAAUCCAUUAUGUAUCAGGUGUUGCAAAACAAGCAUGUUCUGUAAAAUAUUCAUUAUGUUUUGUAGUUUCAAUUCUUGUGCUGGCCUUCAAAGAGAUUGUUGUUGAUUUUGGUCGAACUUCUUAUCAAAACUUGAUUAUCUUUAUGAACACAGUAUUUUGUAAUAUGAAUUGAGUUGAAAUGCACUCAAAAAUGAGCAAAUUUUAAAUGAUUUGCUUAGUGUUUUUACUGCUAAAGAACAACUAAGUAUAUAUGCUCCGUCCUUGCUUAUAUCAAGAGAAUAAAACAUUUUAACUGUUGAUUUUGUACCUGACUAUAUGAAUGUGUGAGUUUGUCAGGAGGCACUCCCCGCAGUUAUUUUAUUCUAGGAUUGCUUUUAUGAUGUGUGAGUAAUUGCAUUUGAAUACUAUGAGUGUGAUAUUGAAACUUUAUAGGCAUAAUACAUUAUGAUUGCAAUAGUCGGUUGAAUAAAAUGAUGUUUAUUAUUAUUU